AUGGCGAUGACACGUGCAAACGAGGUCAUCGAUAUCAGCGAUGACGAUGAAAAUGAUGUGCUUCCAAUUCAGGAACAUAUUUGGAAGCAGACCCUCUUCAAAGCCUUGAACGCUAUCCAAGCAGAGCGUGAGCUGGUGGCGUUGAACAACUAUCAAGAAUUCGUCAACCCUGGCCUUAAAAUUCGAGGCCGCCAACUCAUCCCGCUGCCUCUCACUGACCAUUAUGCGGAAGUCAUCAAAGGACUGUGCGGUGAUGUUCAGGGCGCUCACGAUGCGGCUCGAAACGCGUGGGAGCUUGACCACACGCAGUUCGAGUUGAUCAAUCCGGCCUGGCUAUCAUAUCUCAACAGAAUAGCGGAAUUCAUCACCAAAGGACUUCGCAUUAAGGCGACCUUGCUGAUGCUGCAGAAAAUGACCCUCCAAGGACCUAACCCGAGCGCCAAGAAUACCUCAGGCUCAGGUCAGUCCAACAGGACAAUCGGUUACCUCACUAUUUGUCUUCCAUCUAAGCACGAGGGCGGCAACUUCCAUUUCUCGUCCGGUAAUAGAACGACGGAAGUCUCAACCGCAGCUUCAUCAGCGCUGGACCUUUCUGUCUUCGGCUGGUAUUCUGACACCGAAUGCCAAGUCAAAGAGUUGGUGUCAGGAUACCGUCUGACAAUCACAUAUGAGCUGUACAAGAAUGAGCCCGUGCAACCUUCUAAUCCCUCCUCUGGAGUAGGGAUCAAGCGCGUGGCAGAAAUUCUUCGCAUGUGGCCAUGGAAAUAUUCUGACUCUAACAGGGUUUUAUACAAGUUGGACAAAAAGCACACGACGGCCACUCUAUCCCUCAAAGAUACCAAAGACCGAGAUCGGGCAGUCUGCCAAGUUCUAUCCAUUGCCUGCGAUCGAGCAGGGCUUUAUAUGUUAUUUGCCGAGAUCACCUGUCAAUUGGAAGAUGAUAUGUGCAGCAAAGACGUGACUAGUUGCAUUGAUGAACUGUACACGCUUGACGGCCAACACUUGACAUCGAACAAGGAGCUUGAUGUUGAAGAGGAAGUUUUGGGAUUUGAUGUUGAGGAGAUGUCAGAAUUUGAAGCUGACAGUGACGAGGAUGAGGAUGCAAGUGAACAAUAUCUCAUGGAGGAACACACAACAACACGUCGCUGGCAUGAUUUCGCUGUUCUUCUGAUACCCAAAGUUGGACUGCUGGAUCUGGUAAGACUGGGCAACUUUGAAACCCCCUGGCGACUAUCUCGAAUACCGCAAGAUCCAGAAGUCUACUAUCAAGGAUUGGUCCGGGUUAUAGCGAUGGCCUUGCAGGACCUUACAAAAACCCCCCCUGAUCCCAAAGCAUCCAAGGUGGCAUCGAACAUCAUUAGCACGCUUUGCGUAUCUCUCGACGCUAGACUACGGCUAAUUACUGAGCCCCUCGUGAAAUGGAGUCUUCAAUCCGGUGAUCUGUCAUUAUAUAAACUGGCUUUGCAGAAAGCUCCGAUGUCUGCAGUAAGCGUUCUUGCAGAGUAUCUUGCAAACACCCACGGCAGUUCAGCGGACACUAUUGAAUGGAAGAAAUGGCUCGACUACAUUCCGGACCGACCCAUUGGAUAUUUUUGCGGUAUUUACCGUGACAUCUCGCCUGUGUUUCAGGUCACUAGCAAAGCUGUGUCAGAAUCCUUCGAGGCAUGGGCUCGAACUCUGAUGAAUGAGAAGAUUGACUCAGAAAGAACAUGGGAGUUUGGCCAUCUGAACAUAAUCUUAGACUGGAUACGGGAACGUUCUCAUGACCCGGAAUGGAUCACUACCAGAUUACUUCCAAAAGUCGCCUCCGGUCACCAUAGUCAGAGCCAUGGGGCACUUCUGGUCCAUCUACUGCGUGGUAUCUACGAACAACGACACCAACCCCAUUUCGCCUGCGCAAAGGAAAUGUACCAGGCUAUUAUAGAGAACAGUGGCGGUGAACUUAACUUCCCAUCCGAUACUAUUGAACCCACGGAAAAGGUUUGGUCCGUCGAUACCCCCAGGCAUGACCUGAUCUUCGGCCCCUUUGCGCGGCUCCUGACUGAGUGUUACAUCAUUGGAGCUAUGGAAGGGGCUUCCCAGAUCAUUCGCGAGACUUUCUCAAAUUUACUCCUAGAAAGGUCGAAGUGGCUGCUUGUCAGGGACCCGUUUGGUGUUAUCCAUUGCCUGAUCAUCCCCAUUAUCCAACUCUUCGCAGCAGGACUGUCGCCAACAGUACCAGCUGUCAUGGAAGUGCUUGAAAUUCUUGUACGCAAGAUCAUCAGAAUUGAUCUGCCUAAGCAGACUCCCUGGGUCGGGCAUUGGAUUUUCAGGGAGCGCGGUUGUGGAUUUUGCAGCGAUUGUGCUGAGUUGAAUCGUUUUUUAACCUCUCCACAACUUGCAUGGACAUUCACUGCGCCAACAAAACGUCUACUGCACAUUGAGCAUGCCAUUGGCAUAGAUAACUCAUUGCAGGUUAAAACAGCUGCCCAACCCAUCCCCGGUACACUCAUAGUGACCAAAACAGCACCACAGGGUCAGAUUAGUCUCCAGAGCUGGAACUUCAAUCACGCAGGCUUGAUGGCGGUUCUGCGGCCUCUCCAAGGAGAGUUUAUGAUGAGGGCGCUUGGCGAGCAGCGGUACCGCGAAAUCAUCUUGCUAGAGGGCGUAACUCCAUAUGCGCAGCCACCUCCCACAACGACAGUUGGAUUUAGGAGACCGGCCACUGAGGACGUGCCAGAGUCUGCCAAACGACGUCGUACAUCCUCGCAAUCACCAGGGGCUCAGGUCAAGCUCGAGCCCACAGUCAAACACGAGACCCUUGGCGAUUAA